UUACAAUCACAUAUCUCUGUCAUGGGUUGGUACAAAGCUAGCACUACAGGUACAUAAUAUGCUACUGAAGAGAGUUCACCCAAACACUUCAAAUUAACCACCAUGGGUUCUCUGCCAACUGAGGUUUUGAGUGUGGAGCUGCAGCAGCAUCCGCAUCAUGUUGAGGACACUACCGGUCGGGUCGAGAGAGCUCAGUGGUUGCUCAAUUCUCCUGAGCCACCAGGUCUAUGGCAGCAGCUCCUUCAUGGAAUCAAAAGCAAUGUUUUUCCUCAAGGAAAUGACUACUCUUCUAAGCAGAAAACUCCAGCUAGCCGUGUGUUUUCGUUCCUUCGGGGUCUGUUUCCGAUUCUUAGCUGGGGAAGGAAUUACAAGGCAUCAAAGUUUAAAAACGAUGUGAUGGCCGGCUUAACACUGGCUAGCCUUAGUGUUCCUCAGAGUAUUGGAUAUGCUAAUCUUGCAAAACUUGAUCCUCAAUAUGGCCUGUACACAAGCAUUGUGCCACCUCUGGUUUAUUCUCUAAUGGGGAGUUCAAGAGAGCUAGCUAUUGGGCCAGUGGCUGUGGUUUCCAUGCUGCUGGCCUCCUUGGUUCAGAAAAUAGAAGAUCCUGUGGCCAAUCCUGUUGCUUACAGAAAGCUUAUCUUCACUGUGACCUUCUUUGCUGGAAUUUUCCAAGCUGCUUUUGGAAUCUUUAGGUUGGGCUUUCUUGUGGAUUUUCUUUCACAUGCUGCCAUUGUAGGAUUCAUGGCUGGUGCAGCCAUUGUCAUUGGUCUCCAACAACUGAAGGGUCUACUUGGGAUCAAUCACUUCACCACCAACACCGAUGUGGUCUCCGUCUUGGAGUCUGUUUUCAAUUCAAUUGUUCAUGAACCAUGGUACCCUCUGAAUAUUGUCUUGGGUUGUGCAUUCCUGAUUUUCCUGCUACUUACCAGGUUUAUUGGCAAGAGAAACAAAAAGCUCUUCUGGUUGCCAGCUAUAGCCCCCCUUAUAUCAGUUCUAUUAUCUACUUUGAUAGUGUUUUUGACAAAAGCUGAUAAGCAUGGAGUGAAAAUAGUAAAACACAUCAAAGGGGGUCUAAAUCCAAGUUCAGCUCAUCAGUUACAACUCGGUGGCCCACAUGUUGGACAAGCAGCCAAAGCAGGACUUAUUUCUGCUGUUAUUGCUCUUGCUGAGGCCAUUGCUGUCGGUCGAUCUUUCGCUUCCAUCAAAGGGUACCAUCUUGAUGGGAACAAGGAAAUGAUAGCCAUGGGAUGCAUGAACAUUGCUGGAUCUUUAACUUCUUGCUAUGUGUCAACUGGUUCAUUUUCAAGAACAGCUGUAAAUUUUAGUGCAGGUUGUGAAACUGUGGUAUCAAAUAUAGUUAUGGCCCUCACUGUAAUUUUAUCAGUGGAAUUGCUUACUAGGCUCUUGUACUUCACUCCCAUUGCCAUCCUUGCUUCAAUCAUCCUAUCAGCUCUUCCUGGACUUGUUGAUAUAACUGGAGCUUACCACAUUUGGAAGGUUGACAAAUUAGACUUCCUUGCUUGCAUUGGUGCAUUCUUUGGGGUCUUGUUUGCAUCAGCAGAGAUUGGUCUUCUUGUUGCGGUCAGCAUCUCCUUUGCAAAGAUAUUGGUGAAUUCACUUAGACCUGGCAUAGAAGUUCUAGGGAGACUUCCAGGAACAGACAUCUUUUGUAACAUCAAUCAGUACCCCAUGGCCACAAAAACUCCAAGCAUCUUGAUAAUUGGCAUCAACUCUUCUCUGCUUUGUUUUGCUAAUGCUAACUCUGUGAGAGAAAGGGUAAUGAGGUCGGUGACGAAAGAAGAGAAUGAGACUGAAGAUCAGAAAGAAAAGGGAAGAAUUCAACAUGUAAUCCUUGACAUGUCUAAUGUGAUAAAUGUCGACACUUCGGGAAUUCUUGCACUAGAAGAAAUACACAAGAAGUUGUUUUCGCAUGGCAUAGAAUUAGCUAUGGCCAACCCAAGAUGGCAAGUGAUUCACAGGCUAAAGGUGGCCAAAUUGUUAGACAUAAUUGGAGGGGAGAGGGUUUUCCUCACUGUUGGUGAAGCUGUAGAUGCGUGCCUCAAUCCCAAAGUGGCAGGUGGGAGCAGAUGUUGAUGGUUUGAGUGGCCUUAUUGGAUAUUAAUUACAUCAAAAACCAUGACUAAACCCUAAAAUUAUGCAUAGCCUUAUGUGCUGUGACUGUAAAGUAGGGAAUUAAGUAAAGAGAUGUUUGAGUAUUUUCUUGUUUUGGCCAUAUACAAGGAGGUUGGUUUAGUCA